AUAAAUCAAGCUGAACCAUCUAAUAAUGCUGCACACGCCAUUUACCAUGCUAUUCUGAUGAUCUCGCUCAUGAAUGAAGGGACUAGAAGGACGUUGUGCAGAAAAUGGUGCUGCCUGUGUGAUGAGGAGAGGAUAGGGAGGCAUGCAACAGAGAAGUCUCGUUUGAGGAACCGCCACAAACGGAAUCGACCUGGAUAUUCUCGCAACCAUUCCCGGUCUUUCCUCUCUAGUCACUUACCUUCUUCUUGUUGUGAGAGCAUUUUGCACCACAGUCAUUUAUGCUCUUCCUCUCUUUCCUUGGUGUUACUGUGGAGUCUGGGUUGCCUGCGUCGAAAACUGUCCACGUGUGAAUUACUCAACCUGAUGGCUUUGUGUCUUCCAGAAUGGCGAUGCGCUGCUGACACCACGCUUCGUCAACGAGACCGCAACGCUGAUAGGGGGUGCUACACCACUCGCGUCUAGAGUCUCGAAGUUUCUCCAGGGACUGCUUGGGCUUGCCGGGUAGGGCUUUGGACCAUAUAAUAUACAUAUUGCGUGUGUAA